AUCCAGACUGCCUUUCCUGCACGGCUUGCCAAAGAUGCAUAAGCCUGACAUCCCUAUGAGACCAAUAUUAUCUGUGAUUAAUUCGCCGUAUCACAAAGUAGCUAGGUGGCUACCGGAAAUGUUGGAACCAAUCCGUAGAAAAUUAACAGUCUACAGCCUGAAAGACACAAUCCAGUUCGCUAAACAAUUAGAGAAUCUUAACAUCUCAAAUAAAUUUAUAGUGUCCUUUGACGUAUCUUCACUGUUUACAAAGAUCCCAUUGGAGGAAACAAUACAAAUUAUGUGUCAACAUGCUGAACUUCUUCCUCUGUCCAAGAACGAACCCAAAGAACUAUUACUUAUAUGUACCAAAGACGUACACCUCCAGUUCAACAACACUCUAUACCGCCAAAUUGACGGAGUCGCUAUGGGAAGCCCACUGGGUCUGAUUCUGGCAGAAAUUUUUAUGGGUAGUAUAAAACAAACAAGGUUAAAAUCCUCAAUCAGUCAAACAAACUUCUGUACCAGGUAUGUCGAUGACACUUUCGUUAUUUGUAAUUCUUUCAGUGAUGCAUCUCAAGUAUAAGAAGUCUUGAACAG